UUGAAUGGUUAACUUCGGUUCCUUCUUUUCGUGUUUGUGUUUUUCUCCCAGUGGUAUUGUAGAAAAUGGCACAGAGCAACAAUUUGUGGCGACACUUGGUCCUGGCCCUUGUGUUGUACAGCAUUGCAACAGCAGCUCAGGGACACGAACAUCCGCGUGUGCGCAGAGUGGCAGCAAAUGCAACAUCAGCAACUGUGGCACCCAACUCUGAAGAGCAACAGACUGAAACGCCACUAGCCACAGACGCAACGCCUCUUGAAGAAACCACUCUGUUGCCACAGCAAGAGGCACAGACGCAGCCCGAGACCAAAACUAAGGUCGGGGCAACUGACAUUGAUCCUGUUGUUACGGUUGAGAACCGUAAUUCAGCUUUUGAUCUAUCGGCCGCCUCAGAAAUCGAAUCAAAGGAAGGCAAUGUCUCGUCUGGCUCCGAGGAGGAGGGCAUCUAUUAUGACAAUGCUCCCAUCGAUUGUAGUCCCGAAAUGGUUGGCUUUGAGAUUGUUACUGGAUACGUAUUCUCGGCACCUGGAAAACUGAUGGACUCACUGCCAGGCACCCUAAUGUUGACCGAUUGUCUAGCCACGUGCCAGAAGAACAAAACUUGCCAGUCCGUUAACUAUGAGACGGGACUCUGUGUGCUAUUCUCAGCCCAUGCCGACCAGUUGCCAGGAGCUCUGACCAAGUCACAAUUUCCCGUGUUCACAAUUUAUGCGCAAAAAUCGUGUCUGUCGGUGAAGCCUUGCUCUCGCGCCUGGUAUGUGGAUCGUGUACAAAACUAUAAGCUGAAGACGGAAGUUAAGCGCACCGUGUCGGUGUCUUCACGGCGUGAGUGCUUUGAACUUUGCCUAAGCGAAACUGAGUUCACAUGCAGAUCGGCCAAUUAUGAACGAGUUAGCGGAUCCUGUGAACUAAGCGAAAUGGAUCGUCUGACUCUGGCAGGUACCAAUGCUUUCCAGACCAUGGAUGGCAGCGAUUACCUUGAGAACCAUUGCAUCGAGGAGCCCAAUAAAUUGUGUGAAUUCAAACGCCUGCCCGGUCGCAUCUUGAAGACUGUAGACUCUGUGUAUCAGGAGGUCAGCAGCGUAGACGAAUGCCGGGAAUUGUGUCUCAACUCGCCAUACAGGUGCCACUCGUACGAUUACAAUGAUACGGGCGAUAUGGUCUGUCGUCUCUCACAUCACAGUCGUGCCACAUUGACCGAUGUGCAGGAUCCUUUCCUUGAGGUGCCCGAGGCCUCAACCUAUGAGUUGUCCUCGUGUUAUAAUGUGACCAUUGAGUGUGGUGGCGGUGAUAUGUUGGCCCGCAUACGUACCUCGAAACUUUUCAAUGGCAAGGUUUAUGCCAAGGGUGCUCCCAAAUCCUGUGCUGUGGAUGUGAAGAGUGCCCUGGACUUUGAGUUGCGGAUGAGCUAUCACGAUCUGGAGUGCAAUGUGCGCCAGAGCAGUGCCGGACGCUAUGUCAAUGAUAUUAUCAUUCAGCAUCAUGAUAUGAUAGUCACCUCUUCGGAUUUGGGUCUGGCCUUGGCCUGUCAAUACGAUCUGACCAACAAGUCGGUGACCAAUGGCGUGGACUUGGAUGUGCGCGGUGACAUCACGCCUGCACUGUCAGAAGAAGUAAUUGUCGACUCGCCCAAUGUCAUUAUGCGCAUCACUUCUCGGGAUGGCAGCGAUAUGAUGCGCUCUGCCGAGGUCGGUGAUCCUUUGGCCCUGAAAUUCGAAAUUGUCGAUGAGCAGAGUCCCUAUGAGAUUUUCAUACGCGAACUUGUGGCCAUGGAUGGUGUGGAUAAUUCGGAAAUCACUUUGAUUGACUCAAAUGGCUGUCCCACCGAUCACUUCAUCAUGGGUCCCGUCUACAAGGGCUCGGUGUCGGGUAAAGUGUUGCUCUCCAAUUUCGAUGCAUUCAAGUUCCCCUCGAGCGAGGUGGUGCAAUUCCGUGCCCUGGUAACACCUUGUAUGCCCAGCUGCGAGCCCGUUCAAUGUGACCAGGAAGAUACAAGCGGUGAAUUCCGUUCCUUGUUGUCCUACGGACGCAGACGUCGUUCCAUUAACGAAACAGCUAUUCGCACACGCCGAGCUGUGGAAAUGCCAUCGAAAACAUCUCCUGGCGAUAUGUUGCUAGUGCAAUCCAUUCAGAUUACCGAUAAAUUCGGUUUCGAACAACAAAAACAACAGAGCCGGCAGAAUUAUGAGGCUAAUGAAACGACAUUUAUUACCGGGGAGGGGGCCCAUGGUUUCUGUGUGAAUGCCAUUGGUCUAAUUACAGCCGCCACGAUUUUCUUGCUCACCCAGUUGGCCGUUAUUGCCAUUUGGACAUAUUGCUACCAACGCCGCCAGAAACUACAAUCUUACCAGCAUUCAUACUAAAAUAGAAAAUAGAAGAGCGAAAUUAGAACAGUUUAACAAUUCUCUCCUCCGUAAGAUUAGCAAGACAAGCUUUGGAAUCUUCGAAAGGUGCAAUUAACCAUUACGCAAUAUAAGUGCUUUCCCACUCCCCCACUCACUACCCCCCUUUUCCGCAUCCAUCGCCCUGACAUUUCAAUCGUUAUUUGUCUUAUCUAGUCAGUGCACGAUUUUAUAGAGAAAGAAUAAUGGAAAUUUCGACUGACGAUGGAUGGCAGCCAUUGCGUAAUGGGAAUGUCUUUUAAUGUAUUAAGUUUAUUUUUUGUAUUUGGCAUUCCAUGUCCUUACUUAUAAAAGCAGUUUGACAUCCACAAUAUGUGUGUGUGUAUUGAACUACUUUUGUGACUUUGGACUAAUGGAAUUGUUGUUAGUUUGUAGACAAAAAAACAUAAUAAGAUGAAAGAGAUGAUCGAUGAAUUGCAUAAGAUUACAUUAUUAUAUUUAUUUAUUGGAAUUUAUUAUAUUCCCCCUAUGAUAUCUGCCUGCUUAUGCCUCAUUAAGAGAGGUUGAUUCUUGAAUAACACACUAGUUUAGUAUAUUUCUAACAUAAACUAGAUUAA